GAAUUGGUUCCAAGGAAACUAACACCACCGUCACGUAGUGUCAAAUACCUCGCCACAAAUUUAGCCCACAAACAGUCUACUUGCUUUUCACCGCAAAUUUUAAACCUCUGCCGGAAUGACAAGUGACUGAUUCGUUGAGAAAUGAUGCGAGAACGAUCUUCAGGACCGACACUUAAAGAAAUUGUAUAACUGCAUCGCUCCGGCAUGGAAAGGUUUGAGAAACUUGGCAAGAUCGGCGAGGGGUCUUACGGAGUCGUUUUCAAAUGUAGACACAAGGAAACGGGGCAAAUUGUGGCGAUCAAGAAGUUCGUUGAAUCCGAAGAUGAUCCACUUAUCAAAAAAAUAGCGAUGAGAGAAGUUAAAAUGCUCAAGCAAUUGAAGCACCCCAACCUAGUCAAUCUGUUAGAAGUUUUCAAAAGAAAGAGGAAGCUUCAUCUGGUAUUUGAAUACUGUGACCAGACAGUACUCAACGUCCUUGAUAAACACCCCAAUGGUGUCAAUGAAGAUACAGUCAAGAAUAUCAUUUAUCAGACAUUAAAAGCAGUUGACUUUUGCCAUUCUCAUAAUUGUAUUCAUCGUGAUGUCAAGCCAGAAAAUAUUCUUAUAACCAAGAACUACAUAAUAAAGCUUUGUGACUUUGGAUUUGCCAGAUUGAUAAACCCAGGCGAGGACUACACAGAUUACGUAGCAACGAGGUGGUACAGAGCGCCAGAACUACUUGUGGGGGAUACGGCAUAUGGCCCCCCUGUGGAUGUCUGGGCUAUUGGAUGUGUAUUUGCUGAGCUUCUAGUUGGUCAACCAUUAUGGCCAGGAAGAUCUGAUGUAGAUCAACUAUACUUAAUCAAGAAAACACUUGGGAACCUCAUUCCUAGGCAUAUUCAAAUCUUCAGUCAGAAUCACUUUUUUAGAGGCCUGCAAAUCCCUGAACCUACCACUAGGGAGCCGCUGGAAAUGAAGUAUUCUCAUAUCUCCACUGAUGCACUUAGCUUUAUGAAGGGUUGUCUGGUAAUGGAGCCAAAUGACCGAUUGACAUGUGAGGAGUUGUUAGAUCAUAAAUACUUUAAAGACUCAAGAGAUUUGUUUGAGUCUGAGCUUCAAGAGAAAAUUCCCAAGAAUCAGCAGUCGCAGAACUUGAAAUCCAAAAAGCCAAAGAAUCGGCCAAGACUUGCCCCAUCUGAGAGUGAACAAAUUCCAAGACACUUGCCUCUGUUAGCAGUUACAGCUGAAUGUAUGUCGCCUGCACCAGAAAAGCUUGAAAAAAUGAAAGAAAAAGAGAAGAAGCAGAGUAAAUUAGAUCACCUACCAUCUAUACAGCCAAAUAACAGCUAGACUUAACAGCAAUGAUUAGACAUACCUGCUCAGCAAUAGCAGGUCUAGAUAGUUGUCUAUACAGCCAACCAACUGGUAGACUUAAUAUUGUUUUUGACUCAGAAAUAGGAAUUACUGCUUUGGCAGUAAGAGUCAUUGCUAUAGAAAUGUCAAAUAUGAUGUACUGUAUCUUUGGACCUUUGACAACUACAGUAUCAUGACAUAAUCGUUUUCUGUAAGAAGUUGUAUAUACAUGUAUUUCUAUACAUAACACCAAGAUGCAAUAAGGUCCUAAUCAACACAUAUUUUAUAACACCAAUUGCAUAUUCAUUAUACUUAAGUAUUAUUUUUCACAUAUUUUGAGACUCAAACACUGUUCCAUAAAAAAAGUUUUCAUAUUAAUUGACUAGCUUACUUAUUUUUAAUAAUUGUAUCUGUUGUAUCAAAACCAAGGUGUUCUUGAGAUAAUAUAGGCUAUCAUGGAGCAAGAUUUAGUAUUUUAUGGAGGUUCUUUGUGUACCCUCCAUAACAAAAUAAGUAUACUGAAUAGUAAACCACAUUCAUCAUCUAGGGGAUUUUGUAAAAUCUUUGGUAUGUACUACCAGUAGUAAUUUAUAUUGGUCAUUGAUAAUGAUCUAUUGUCAGCAUGUAUGGCGGUGUAAAGUAUAUAGUAAGCAAUAAUUGAACUUAUUAGUAAAGGCUGGAGUCAUAUAA